AUGGUGAUUUAUCCAACUCUUAAGGAAAAACUAGACUACAAUUAUUUCCGUAGCAAUCUGCCUCAAGAAUUGGUUCAACUACAAAGAUUAAGAACUCUAUCUCAAGUUCAAUAUUUUACUGGUUUCACCCCACCUUCUCUUUCUAACAUAUCCACUCUCCACACUCUAAAUCUAUCUUUCAAUCCUCUACAAACGAAAAUCCCGGGAGAGAUUGGAAAUCUUAAUAACUUGAGAAUACUAAAUUUAGAAUACGACAACCUCAGUGGUUUACUUUUGAUUUUCAAUGGUUCAAAAAUUGAAACUCUUGCUCUUUCAGAUAAUAGCUUAUCUGGUACUCUCCCUUUGGACAUAUGCCGACGACUUCCAAAACUUGAAGGCCUACAUCGAUCUUCAAAUCUGUUAGAUGGUGAAAUUCCAGCCAAUAUAUCUGAAUGCUCCCAACUUGAUCUCCUCUCUUUAUCGUACAACAAAUUUAGUGGAUCUGUUGAAUAA